AUCUCCAGCUCGGCCACCGGCUCCGGCCUCGGCGCCCCCCUCCCAGAGCCCCCUCCCCAGAGCGGAGCCCACUCGAGGGCGCCUCUCCCGCCCCACCUCCCAGCCCAGCCGCCCGGCCAGAACAGCAGCCCCGGGAGGCAGCCCCACGCCAGCCUCCCUCCCUCCCGCCCAGCCCUGCCAGUUCCCCCCAACCAUGAAUCUCUUCCGAUUCCUGGGAGACCUCUCCCACCUCCUAGCCAUCAUCUUGCUUCUGCUUAAAAUCUGGAAGUCCCGCUCGUGUGCCGGGAUUUCGGGAAAGAGCCAGGUCCUGUUUGCUGUGGUGUUCACUGCCCGCUACCUGGACCUCUUCACCAACUACAUCUCACUCUACAACACGUGCAUGAAGGUGGUCUACAUAGCCUGCUCUUUCACCACAGUCUGGAUGAUUUACAGCAAGUUCAAAGCCACUUACGAUGGGAACCAUGACACGUUCCGGGUGGAGUUCCUUGUUGUUCCCACGGCCAUCCUGGCGUUCUUGGUCAACCAUGACUUUACUCCUCUAGAGAUCCUCUGGACCUUCUCCAUCUACCUGGAGUCAGUGGCCAUCCUGCCACAGCUGUUCAUGGUGAGCAAGACGGGCGAGGCGGAGACCAUCACCAGCCACUACUUGUUUGCGCUGGGCGUCUACCGCACGCUCUAUCUCUUCAACUGGAUCUGGCGCUACCACUUUGAGGGCUUCUUCGACCUCAUCGCCAUCGUGGCAGGCCUGGUCCAGACGGUCCUCUACUGCGAUUUCUUCUACCUCUACAUCACCAAAGUCCUGAAGGGGAAGAAGCUGAGUUUGCCAGCCUAGCCCUGGUCCUCGCCAUCCCUCUCCUCGGUGGCAGCGGCGGCGAGAGGCAGAGGAAGGCCACGGAAAACGAAGCGCCUUCCCAGCCAGGGGUGAUUUUUUAAAGAACCAACCUCUCCCCGCUCCCCAGCCCCCUCCUGCCGAGUUUCAGGGGGCGGUGGAGGACCCAAGUCUUGGGGAACUCAGGACCUGGGCUGUUUGUAGUUUUUUGCCUUUUAGAAAAGAAGAAAAAAAACCACAAAUCUUUCCACUAUGUAGUUUUUGAUUCUGAUGACUCCUUUCUCUUCUACUCUCUGGCCCCGAUUUUUAUAAACUGUUUUCGAGUGUCCCGUGGGGCCGGACAAGGCUGGAGAUCUUUUCCCUCCCGCGAGUUCCCUGGCUCCCUUCCAGAUCCUACCCCGCCAGCUCCACUGGUUGCCAAACACUAAAUUGGCAGACACCUACCUGCCGGACCUCCCACCGUGGCACAACACUCUGUGUCCCCCAAACUUCUGCAUUGGGGAGGGGGAGGUGGGGAGGGGAGGUCUCCCCUGAUUUUUCAUAAUAAUUUUUUCCCAGAGUUUGGGUUUUGGGGUCUUGUCCUCGGUUUUUGUUUUUUUUUUUGGUUUUUUUUUUUUGGCAAUUUAGGUGGACGUGGGCAGGGGGCUGGCCCGAGGGUCACCACAGCUCUGCCGCCACGUUUUUGUACAGAAUUGAUGGUUGAUUCUUUGUUCUCUUGAAAUAAACAGAGGAAAAUGAUGCCUCUCUUUUGCUA